AUGUCGUCCAAGCCUCAAAUCAGCAAGCACCCGCGAUCUGCCUCGCUGCGGGACAUCGCGAGAGAAACGCUCGACGCUAUCAAAGAAGGAUCAUAUACGAUUCCCAAUGCCCCUUCCGUUUCUUUCGACCUCGAGGCUAAAGUCGUGGAUUCCAAACGACGGACACGAUACCACCCUCCGGACUCAUCCUUACUCAAAGCAUGGCAUACGAAGCCUGUAUCCACGUCGUCUCUUUCAUCAGCGACUGAAAUCACUUUCAUCGAAAUUUCCACAUUGGAGGGAGCUCGGUACCUCCGAGCGAAGUCUACUGAGAAAAUAGGAGUGCUCAACUUCGCGUCCGCGAAGAAGGCCGGCGGUGGCUUCAUCAACGGUGCUUCAGCACAGGAGGAGUCGAUAGCCCGAUCGUCUACGCUCUAUCCUACACUUCUCACUAAGGAAGCGGAGCGAUUCUACGCCCUUCAUAAACGCGACCCAAAAGGCGGUUAUUAUUCCCAUGCCAUGAUCUAUUCCCCCGACAUCGUUCUGUUCCGCGACGAUGCAGGGGGAUGGUUGGAACCGCUUGAGGUGGACAUACUCACAAGCCCCGCUGUAAACGCGGGGGUCGUUCGGCAGACAGUACGCGCCCGUGUCGCUGCGAAUGCCGAAGAAGAACUCAUUCAAAAGGUAAUGACCGAGCGCAUGGCCCGGAUUCUACACCUUUUUGAGCAGGAAGGGGUCAAGAACCUUGUCCUGGGCAGCUUCGGAACAGGCGUAUUCAAGAAUCGCGUCGAGACUGUCGGCAGGAUAUGGGCUGACCUCCUGGGUGUCGAAGGCUCACGGUUUGAACACUCGUUCGAAAGGGUUGUCUUUGCUGUCUUGGGGAAGAAGACUUUCGAAGAGUUACAGACUGCCUUCGAACGGCGUCAGCAGGAAGUCUACAAGCGAAUACAACUCGCACCAUGA